CUGGGGGGGGGGACUCACGGUGGCUGGAAGACAUGGCUGCUUCCAGGUUACCCCCGGUGACUCUAACACUAAAGCAGUUCCUGAGAAGGCAACAAGUUCUCCUUCUCUACAGAAGAAUUUUGCAAACAAUUCGGCAAGUUCCUAAUGAUUCUGAUCGCAAAUACCUGAAGGACUGGGCAAGGGAAGAAUUCCAAAGAAACAAAAGUGCCACCGAAGAGGAUACAAUCCGGAUGAUGAUUACUCAAGGCAAUCUGCAGCUCAAAGAGUUAGAAAGAACACUUGCUUUGGCAAAAUCUUAACUAUAGCAUUAUUCUGAAAGAUUUUCAAAGUCUCUAUGUAUGUUGUUGGGCUGAUUAGACUCUAUGAUGGACAGCCUAACACCAAGUCAAACUGAACAGGGCUUGGGAAGAUACAGAACAUGGAGCAUGGCAUGUCAGAGCAAAGACAAGCACAUCAGAACAAUUGUGUGAACACUGAAAAAUAUACUUUGUAUUUUGAAAUGUCCUUGGAUGUGGCAGCAGUUUAAGUAGCAAAAACCAGUAUAGAUGGUCAGCACAGAAGAUGAUCCAUACCAUUAACUAUCUGGGAAAUGCACGUCUAAACCACGCUGAGCCAGAACUGUAUCAGCUGGAGUAACUAAUUAAGAAGAUAAUAACAAAUGGUGGUAGAGAUGUAGGGAAAUUGGAGCUCCCAUACAUCGCUGUGGGGAUAGAAAACAGCACAGCCACUUUGGAAAACAGACUAUUAGCUGCUUAAGAGAUUAUAAGUUCAACAAUUCUGUCCUAGGUCUGUAACCAAGAGAACUGAAAAUUUCUACAAAAAACUUGUACAGUAUCAUUCAUAACAGCCAAAAAGUAGAAGCAAUCCAAAUGCUCAUCAACUGAUAAGUGAUUAAAUAAGAUGUCCAUAGAUUAUUUGGCCAAAAAAAGGACUUAAGUACUGAUACAUGUACACAUGGAUGAGCCCUGAGACCAGUCACAGAAGAUCACAUGUCAUAGGUUCCAUUUAUAUGAAUUGUCUAAAGUCAGCAGAAAGAGGUGGCUGCUCAGGGCUGUGGAUAGCAUGGAGAGGAAUUUAAUGGAUAUGGGGUUUCUGUUCUGGGAUGAAAGCAUUCUAAAGUUAGACUGUGGUGUUCGAUGCACAACUCUAUAUACUCAAGUCUGUUGAGUCAUGUAUUUUGUAUGUGUGGUAUGUGAAUUCUGCUUCAACACAGCUAAGUUUUUCUAUUUUUUCCCUACUGAUACAUAAUUGACACAUAAUACUGUUGUAUAAGUCAAUAAAGCUGUUUUAAGAAGUAGGAGAUUUAUGAUCAGAGGCAUACCGACCUCAGGAGAUACCCUGGACCUUUCUUUGAAAAAGUCCUUCCCUGUUACCCCUCAGGGUCGCUGAGGUAGGGUCUUCAGAUGUGUCAUGAUCUCACAGCAGAGGACUCUCCAAAAAGGUCAUCACUGGGAAUUUAGACCUUUGUUGGAAAGAGGAGAGGGAGUAGCCUAAUGAACACGUUGAAGCACUUGCCAAAAGAAGAGAACUGGGUGAAACUAAUGCAAAUUACCUUAGCAUCCACAAAUGCAUUAGGUUCCCCUCCAGUGACAGGAAGAGUUUUAAGAAUACAUUGAAAACAAAUUGACUUGAGCACAUUUUGAGACCAAAUGUAUAAGUUAGUUUAGUGAAAAUGAAAGCUUAUGGAAGAGGCUGGAUUGACAGUCCUGCAGACAGACCGCCUCUCUUCAUUUACAGAACACAUCUAAAAACAUAAUCCAAGAAUUCUGACCAGCAUCUGGAACACGUAGGAAAAAUUCUGCAGAAUGGUUACCUAGUACUGGAUUGCGUGCCAAAGGCAAGAAAGAAGCAGACGGUGGUAUUCGCCAAUGACCUGCAUUGCCAGGGUCCACCCGACCCUCCCUCCCAUGGCCUCAAAGCCUGCAGACAAAAAUCACUCUGCAACAGGUUAACCGAAUUCAAAAUGCAUGAGCUAAUUAGCAGGCUUGUGUAUAUGUGUCCACUAGUCACCCUAUCCCAAGGCCAUCUGAUGAACAGUAUUUAUGAACAGUUUCAGAGCAGAGAAUACUUUUCUUUAUGCAGCAUGAUAUACAUACUCAAAUAAGGCUAUCUCUAGUAAAUCUAAGAUCUUGACACUAAAAGUCACCCUUGAUGUUUUUCUAGCAGUGGUGUAUGUCAAAGAUGUAAGAGCAUUUGUGGUUCAAUUUGCAAGAUGCAAAAAUACCAAGAAAACCUAA